AUGUCUCUCCUUCAACCAUGCCGGCAGGCUCUCAACAGGGCCCUGCCACAGCGCGUCUGCUCCGCUGCCAGGAUGCACUCCAACGAGGGCCCUGCUGGAAACAUCACCCAGAGGCCCCCAGCAGACGUUGUUCCCGGUGCUCCCGCCGCGGAGGUCACUGCCGCAGAGGUCGUCAGCGGCGCCCCUGCUGAGCUCCGCCGCCGACCCGUCCGCAUCUUCCAGCCCACACGAAGCACUACACAGAGCGGAAGCGGCAAGUCCCACCGCUGGCGAAUCGACUGGGAAAUCUUGCAGGGAGGUGGCCGCUGGGAGAACCCUUUGAUGGGCUGGGCAUCUUCCGCCGACUACAUGCAAGGCACUCGUCUUUCCUUCCAGACCAAAGAGGACGCUGCUCACUUCGCCGAGAAACAAGGCGAGCAUGGAAUUUUGUGUUGGGACUACUUCGUUCAGCAGCCUGAGGUCAAGCGCAUUCCUCCAAAGAACUACGCGGAGAACUACGUCUACAAGCCCAACAAGCUGCGCAUCUGCAGGACCAAGUAG